CAUCGCCAUUGUUUACUACAGCUGUGUGCUCUGUUUAUUCACACUGCACUAACGAUAUUUUUUAUGUAUUAUUGAGAUAUUUAGUGAAAUAAUCGAAAUGAUUAAAUCUGUUUUGCGUUUAAUUAAAUUUCCUGCAUUAACGGAAUGUGCAUUAGCCGAUAGUGCUUCAUUAUCCGCCCGUUUAAAUACUAUAACCUUAAAGAACAUUUGCACUACCUCGCUGUGCAACAAGGAAAUUCGAUUGAGAAGUGAAAAAAUAAAGGUUGGCAAGAACAAAUAUGAUGGAGUAGCAAUAGAAGGAGAAGACACAUCAAUGUUCGAUGCAUCAAAUGCUCAUCAACAGCAAAAUUUGUUUCCUGAUGCAAACACACCCAAUAGGCUCUUCAAUGGUGUACCGUUUAAGGAAUUGUAUAUCGUCAAUAUAAAAUCAACGCCAAAUAACACAAUUAUGUCUCUUUCUGAACAUGAUGGCAAAGUAGUAUUAUUACACUCAGCUGGUGUAGAAGGCUUUAAGAAUGCAAGAAAAGGGACAAACAUUGCUGCUCAACAAGCGGCUAUAACAUUUGCUAAUCGUGUUCUUGAAUAUGGUGUCAACACAGUGCGAAUACGUGUACAAGGUAUUGGACCAGGUAGAAUGUCUUCUAUAAAAGGUUUACAUAUGACUGGAGUGAAUAUUGUAUCAAUUACGGAUGACACUAGAGUAAGUUACAAUCCUCCAAGACCAAGAAAGCAAAGAAGAAUUUGAAUAUUAGAUGUUAUAAUUUAUUGUUAAUAUUGUAAACAUAUUAUUGUGUGUGUGUGGAUAUAUUAAAAUAUAU